AUGGACCACGAAACCGCCGAUCACCAGCCGCCGCGCCGCGCCUCGGGGCGGAGGAAGUCCAAAUGCGGCGGAAACGGCGGCGACGCGAAGAAGCACAAGCAGCCGCGGCGCGGGAUGGGCGUCGCGAAGCUGGAGCGCCUCCGCGAGCAGGGAGAGGUCGUCACGGAGCCCGAUCGAGCUGGAUCCGGCUUCCCGCUGCCGUUUCCGGAGAUGAAUCACCACCGAUUUCAGCAUCCGCAGCUCCAAUCGUGCGGACCGAGCUGGAAUCCGGUCGGAUUCCCCGGCCUCUACGGCCUCGAUCGCCGGAUUCUGCAGAGCCACGGCGACGAGAAGUGCUUUUCUCUCCAGUGCAAUGCUUGCCACAAGAAGAAGAAGAUCAACGGCGCUGCGGUGUAUAAAUGCGGCGAUCAUCGCCGAUUUCUAGGUCUCGAUUUCGGAGAUGCGUUGAUUCAUCACAAUCCAGAACCGCCGCAGGUGGAUGUUGUGGCGGUGCACAGAAAAGGAGCAGGCGGUUGGGAAGGGGGAAACAACGUGGUGAUGGAGUACGAUUUCUUCCCGCCGGCGGCGAGAUCGGGGCGGAGAAACGACGUGGUGGAGGGGGAAAUGAGGAAUUCGGGAGCAUUUGAUGGCGUUGAUCUGUCGCUGAAGCUGUCUUACUAGAGAAUGAAUGCAUAUCUCGGCGAAAUCACAGCGUUUUUUGCUUACUUUUUUGGUUGUUAAA